CGACUCCUUCACGUCCACAACCAGUUUAGAUACGAGAAACAAAAUUUGCACUUGCUGCAGUCAUAGCGUUGUCGAGUCAUACUGAUAGAACCCGCAAGCGAAGCCAUCGAGCUGCGUGAAGAUGACUUCGCAAUAACAUCCUCUUAUUCUCGACUUCCUUCUCUGAGACAACUUUCCCACUAUGCCCAUGAUAUACAAGCUCCUCCCAAUGCAAACAAUCAUUUCUCAAGUGACUACUGGCGCGCACACAACUCUCCGCCUCUUCUCCCGUCAACUCAACCUGUCAUCCCUCCGCUUCUCCUCCUCAAAAGCCACCCUCAAACCCAAGAGUCCACCAACGAAAAUGGUCGACUACCGCCUCAUGCACAUCAUCCGGGACAUUCCCACCCUGCGCACCCAUCGCCGCAAUCUCCUCCGCUCGAACCUCACCGUGGGCCUCGUGCCCACCAUGGGCGCCCUCCACGAAGGCCACAUCAGCCUGGUGCGCGCCGCCGCCGCCGAAAACGCCCGCGUCUUCGUCUCCAUCUACAUCAACCCGACGCAAUUCGGCGUGAGCGAAGAUCUCAGCACAUACCCACAGACCUGGGAAUCCGAUCUCGCGCAAUUACGCGCGCUGGAUGCGGAGCUCGCGGAGACGCCCGGGAUGGGCAGGGUGGAUACGGUGUUUGCGCCGAGCACGAAGGCGAUGUAUCCCACGCUACCGCCGGAUUCGCGAGAGGACGGGGUGGGGAGUUUCGUGCAGAUUACACCGGUGGGAGGGAUAUUGGAAGGGAAGAGUCGGCCGGUAUUCUUCCGGGGGGUGGCGACGGUGUGCAUGAAGCUGUUCAAUCUGGUGCAGGCGGAGAGGGUGUACUUUGGGCAGAAGGAUGUGCAGCAAACGGUGGUGAUUCGGAGGAUGGUUAAGGAUUUUCAUUUGGAUACGCAGGUCAUGAUUGUGCCGACGAGUCGCGAGGAGGAUGGGCUGGCGAUGAGUAGUCGGAAUGUUUACCUUGGUGCGAGACGCAGGGCGGUUGGAGUGGUGUUGUCACGGGCACUGAGGGCUGCCGAGGAGGCGUAUGUUGCUGGGAAGAGGAGCCGUGAUGAGAUUUUGGCGGCGGCGUGGAAUGUUGCGAAUCAAGUUGCGUUGGAACAAGAUGCAUUGGCGCCGGAACAGAGGGCGUUGUUUGAGGUGGAUUACAUCUCAUUGGCCGACCCGGAUACUAUGGAGGAGAUUGAGGCGGUGGAUGAGCGGAAAGGAGCGGUUCUAAGUGGCGCGGUGAAGAUGCUUCCACUUGAGCAGAUUCAGCCUGGAGAAGUGCUGGGUCAAGGUGGAGACGUUGCACCUGUGCGGCUCAUCGACAACAUUCCGCUCGAGCCCAGAUGAAAGACUGGAUAUCUACUGGACACCACGAUUUCAUGACUUGGGAUGGCCCAUGAUGAUUCGUUUUUGACGACAGACCACGACGACGAUUACGCAGACCCGACAACAAGGCUGUUGCGUUACAGAAGUUGGGUCCUGCGCCCAAAGCAUAACAUCGGUGGCCUCCAACUUCAUUUGCAGGUCCUAUAUACGAAGUUCGAAUCAGGGGAUGCAUCUGCCUCUCACCCGGAUUUAACCAAGGCCAAUGCACCCCAGCGCCAAUUUUACAUCGUCAACACCUCCUACUUCCUCGCAGCCACAACUUCCUCCUCCACUGGCAGGAUAUCCGGCACGGGACCGACAGGGGUGAUUCCGAACGGGUUGAUUUGUGGGUGCGACUUGGUAUAGUGCUUCUUGAUGUGAGUGAACUCAGUGGUCUCGCCGAAAGCAGCGGAGUUCCAAUAGAGGUUGCGGAGCCAC